AUGGAAGCGGAAAAAGAACUAUUGCAAAUUUUAGAAGAUAAAAUAUCAAUGUUACAAAAAGUGUUAGUUAACUUUAAGAAAUGUCCUAAGGCUAGGCUUACGAAAGGUUACAUUACCGUGAGACUACAAACUAUUCAAGAAUAUUGGCGAGACUUUACGAAUGCACAUUUGGCCCUAACUAGAAAAGUACCUAAACAAAAUAGACAGAAUUACCCGUACUUUGCAAACGACGAGUACUACGAAGUUGAAGAAUUAUACUUGGGUUUACAAGCGGAUUUGACUGACUUAUUAUCCGAGUGCUCGCCGUCAGCCACCAGCCGGCAGUCAGCAGGCGCAGCCAGCAGCAACAUGGAGGCCGCUGACGCGUCGCAGGUCAAGCUACCAAGGAUACAGCUGCCUACAUUCUCAGGGUCUUACGAAGAGUUCCCGGCCUUCAAGGAUUUGUUUACAUCAUUAGUAGACAACAAUGUUACACUUAGCAAUGUCCAAAAGUUACACUACUUGAAGAGUAGCAUCAAAGGAGAACCAGAGUCGUUACUGAAGCACAUGCAAGUUGUAGAAUGCAACUACGAACCAGCGUGGAAACUGUUACAAGAACGAUACAACAAUAUGAGACUUAUUACCAACUCUGUGUUGAAGCGAUUAUUUAACCAAAGGAAGAUCUCUGCACCUACAGCUGACAACAUUCGUUCACUGUUAGACACAACUAAUGAUUGUCUAAACAGCCUGAGAAACCUAAGCAUAUCAACUGAUUCUUGGGAUCCAGUCAUCAUAUUUCUGGUCAUUCAGAAGUUGGACCCGGAGUCACAUCAAGAAUGGGAACAAUCAGCUUUCAAUGGAAACAGCGCAGAACUACCUAAGUGGGCGGAGUUAUCAAGAUUCUUAGAAACUAAAUAUCGAACACUGGAGCUAGUUAACCCACCACAGAGACAGAAGAUAACACAGAGCCAAAACAGAGAAAGAAAAUACAAAGUUCAUGUUUCUACGGAUACCAACAGUAACAAUAACUAUAACAACAAGGAGAAAUGCUGCUCAAUGUGCAAAGAAAACCACACCUUAUGUCAUUGUAGAGAGUUCAUAUCAAAGGUACCAAGAGAGAGAUGCGAGUUCGUGAAAAGCAAUCAACUAUGUUUCAAUUGUUUGGCUCCAGGACAUUCAGCUUUUAGAUGUCGACUCAGAAUGUUCUGCCGAGUAUGUAAGAAGCGUCAUCACACGCUACUGCAUGAGACCUAUCAACCAAACAAUGUGGAAUGUCACCAUGAUACAGCUACCAACGAGAACUACAACAACAGUGAACCAGUCUCAGAGUUAUCAACCAACAUAGCAACCAACACGUCUACUGCGCUCCUGGCUACAGCCCUAGUACCAGUGAGAGAUGAAUCUUCAGGACGUGUCACCAUGUUAAGAGCACUAAUCGACAAUGGAUCACAAGCAAGUUUUAUUAGUGAGAGAGCCGCCCAGUUACUUAAGCUGAAGAGGAUACCCUGCAAUGGUACAAUCACUGGCGUCGGCACAACAAAGACAACAGUCAAACACGUAGCACAAAUUGAGGUUCUUUCAAGCCAAGAUAACAAAUUCAGCCUCAAAUUGAAAGUUUAUGUAAUGCCUACGCGUUUAACAUCACAAUUACCAACGAGAGUUAUCUCUGAACGCACCUGGUCACACAUCCAUGGUAUAGCUUUAGCUGACCCCGGCUUCAACCAACCUGGACCUGUAGACAUGCUGCUGGGUGUAGAAGUGUGUGCCACAAUUAUGAAAGGCGAGAUUAUCAAGGGUCCCCCAGGCACCCCUAGUGCUCAAAAUACCAGCCUUGGGUGGAUUCUCUUCGGGCACAUCACUACAGAGGAACACAGAGAUGAAUAUACAGUAAUGCACCAUCAGAUUGAUCUGGAAAUAAACAGUAUGCUAAAACAAAUGUGGGAAUUGAAUGAUCAUGAGCAAAAGGUCCUAACCGCAGAAGAGAGAAGAUGUGAAGAAAUAUAUGAAUCAAAUCAUUCCAGAACAGAAGAUGGCAGGUACAUUGUGAAGUUGCCUUUUAAAACAGAGAAUAGAUUAUCAAUACAGAAUGGAUCGAGAGACAUAGCUCUGAGAAGUCUAAAGCAACUAGAGAGACGCUUCGAAAAGAAUCAAAAGCUAAAGGAAGAAUACACAAAAGUGAUAGAAGAAUAUCUUGAGAUGGAGCAUAUGGAAGAAGUACCUAUAGAAGAAAUCAACAAGCCAGCUGUAUACUUACCUCAUCAUGCAGUGAUGAAGGAAGAGAAAGAAACAUCAAAAUGUAGAGUGGUAUUUAACGCCUCAUGCAAGGGAACCAACAAUACUUCCCUGAAUGAUGAACUGCUAAGUAACAUUCGGAACGGCUUCAGCCCCUUACUUAGCCGUCUGCUUCAGCUAGCUAAAGAUGAAGGCCACAUUAACGAAGAAGCAGCUAAAAUAAUCAAAGAAGAUUGUUUCAUGGAUGAUAUAGUAUCUGGAAAGGAAACACUAGAAGACGCAAUCAAAACAGCUAAAGAUAUAGAGAAGAUAUUACAGAAAGGAGGUUUCAUAUUACAGAAGUGGUGCUCAAAUGACACUCACGAAAAUCCAGCAGAUGUAGCUACAAGAGGCAUUGAAAUAGCAGAUUUAAAAGAUCACAAACUAUGGUGGAAGGGCCCACAGUGGCUAAGAGAGAAAGAAGUCAUCUACAGCAAACCGGCAUACCUGGAAACAAACCUGGAAAAAGGAGAAAAGAUAAAGAUUAAUACAACAAUAGUAAAUGAAGAUGAAAACAUAGAGAAACAAUUUGAAAACAUGGAAGAUUUAACACAACUCCUCAUAGUCAUCACACACUGCAGAAGAUUCAUGCGAUACAAGAAAGAUAACCUGAAAGAAAGACCUAUAACUACAAAGGAACUGAAUGAAUCACUAAACGCAUGCAUAAAAAUAGUUCAAAGAAAUAAUUUCGAAAGAGAAAUAAACAGAUUAAAAGAAAACCUUGAAGUCAAAAGGGAAAGCAAGUUGAGUUUACUAAAACCAUACAUGGCUAAUGAAGGAAUAGAUAUGAACGAGGGUUCUACUCGAGAGGGCCACGUAUACAAUAAGAGCUUCACCGCCCUCAGAAUAGAAUAG